AUGUCUCAUAAUAAGCUGCUAUCGAAUUUUUCUUCAAAGAUCGGUAAAUUGCUUGAAGAUGACGAUGAAUACAACACAAUUAUUAGAGUAGGUGAAGAACCAAAUGCCAAAUAUUUCAAUGCACAUUCCAUUAUUUUGCGGGCGGUUUCCCCUUAUUUUCAUGAAGCUUUAUCACGUAAAGAUGUAAAUAAGGAAGGAAAUAAAAUUUGUCUAGUGAAACAAAAUUUAUCUGCCUCUAUAUUUGAGGUCAUAUUAAGAUUCAUGUACACUGGAACCAUUUCUAUGGAAAAUCGCAGCAGCACAGAAAUCACUAAGCUUCUUGAGGCAGCCCGAGAAUUAGGGCUAUCGGAAUUAGUUGAAUUUCUAAAGGAUCAUCUUAUACAAGAUAGGAACCCAAAAACGCAGAACACAUCCACUGUUACAAACACAUGCGUAGUACAAAGUCAAGGUCACGCCAAUAGCCCACGUGAAUCAUCGAAAUUUGUUAGUAAAAGAGGUCGAAUCCGGCUCGUUGGCGCUGGACCCGGAGACCCAAACUUAUUAACUCUCGCCGCUUUCCAAGCCAUACAAGAAGCCGAUGUCAUCUUAUCCGACAAAUUAGUGCCUAACGAAGUGUUGAAAUUGAUUCCUCCCCAUAAGGAAGUACUUAUUGCUGCAAAAAAGUUUUGUGCGAAUGUUGAGGCUUCUCAGGAAGAGCUAAAUCGUUUGGGUCUUGAAGCUUUAAAUCAAGGGAAAGAUGUUGUAAGACUAAAACAGGGUGAUCCGUUCCUGUUUGGACGUGGCGGCGAAGAGUUCCUCUUUUACCGUUCAAAUGGUUACGUUCCACAGGUCAUUCCUGGUAUUUCUUCUUGUAUGUCCGCCCCCUUACUGGCUAACAUUCCUGUCACACAUCGGGGAGUUGCAUCCCAAUUGCUUGUUUGCACAGGUACUGGUCGUAAAAAUACUUUACCCGAGAUUCCUACUUAUCAUCCUUAUUGCACAACCGUAUUUUUAAUGGUUUGUCAUCGGAUAAAACAAAUAACGCAAGAUCUGAUGAAAGAUGAUAAUUUUCCACCAGAAUGUCCUUGCGUUGUUAUCGAAAGGGCAAGUUGUAUAGACCAAAAGGCUAUAAAGGGGACAGUGGGUACUAUUGCCGAUAUUUUAGAAAGGGUCGGCCAUAAUCCUCCAGGAACGUUGGUUAUUGGGUGGACUUUGUUUCGAAACUCCUGCCUUCGAGUAAAUGUAGUACAUCCCACAAUUUCGAAGAGAGUCGCAAAUUUUGCUACAGUUACAACCACUGCACCAACCAGUCGCACAUAUGGUAAUCUCAAGGAUGAAGACCGAAUAUUCACAAAUUUAUACUUGCGACAUGACUUUAAAUUAAAGGGUGCAAAGCAGAGGGGUGAUUGGUAUAAAACCAAAGAGAUACUCUUGAAGGGACAUGAGUGGAUCCUAAAAGAAAUCAAGGAGUCUGGUCUUAGAGGUCGUGGUGGGGCUGGAUUCCCAACAGGUCUGAAAUGGAGUUUCAUGAAUAAGCCUCCAGAUGGCCGUCCUAAAUAUUUGGUUGUUAAUGCUGAUGAAGGUGAACCGGGCACAUGCAAAGAUCGAGAAAUCAUGCGUGGCGAUCCACAUAAACUUGUUGAGGGAUGCCUGGUGGCAGGCAGAGCGAUGAACGCAUCUGCCGCUUAUAUAUAUAUCAGAGGCGAAUUCUAUAAUGAGGCAUCAAAUGUACAAGAAGCCAUUAAUGAAGCAUACGCCGCUGGACUCAUUGGCAAGAAUGCAUGUGGUUCCGGUUAUGAUUUCGAUGUAUAUAUUCACCGUGGUGCUGGUGCUUACAUUUGUGGUGAGGAAACUGCCCUGAUAGAAUCACUCGAAGGAAAACAAGGAAAACCUAGACUAAAGCCUCCGUUCCCAGCCGACAUUGGCUUAUUUGGUUGCCCAACUACGGUAGCUAACGUUGAAACUGUGGCUGUGGCACCCACAAUUUGCAGACGUGGAGGCUCAUGGUUUGCAAGCUUUGGCCGAGAAAAGAAUAGCGGCACCAAGCUCUUUUGCAUAUCUGGUCAUGUGAACAAUCCUUGCACAGUUGAAGAGGAAAUGAGUGUCCCUUUAAGAGAACUUAUUGAACGUCACUGUGGGGGAGUACGGGGUGGAUGGGACAAUCUUCUAGGUAUCAUACCGGGUGGUUCUUCUGUUCCCGUUAUACCAAAACACAUAUGUGAGGAUGUUUUAAUGGAUUUUGAUGCUCUUCGCGAUGUUCAUUCUGGAUUAGGCACGGCAGCAGUUAUUGUUAUGGAUAGGUCUACUGACAUUGUUCAGGCAAUUUCUAGAUUAUCAGCUUUUUAUAAACACGAAAGUUGCGGUCAAUGUACACCAUGCAGAGAAGGUACGACAUGGCUUAUGAACAUGAUGUCACGCUUCGAGAGAGGUCAUGGAGUUUCACGAGAGAUCGACAUGAUCGAAGAAUUAACCAAACAGAUUGAAGGACAUACUAUUUGCGCCCUUGGUGAUGCGGCUGCGUGGCCUGUUCAAGGAUUAAUACGUCAUUUCCGUCCAGAACUUGAAGCCCGUAUGAAGUCGUAUAUUGAAGCCAACCCUGGACAAGACCUUUCAAAGAUUUCUUCGGCAUCACCCGGGCUUUAG